UUAUUACUUAAAACCUUAUUCAGUAUUGUAGAUUAAUAAUUUUUAAUUAUUAAUCUACAACACUGAAUAAGGUUUGAUUCAUAUUGCAUUGUGUUAAUGAUAUGCUUAUAUUUAAAUAUAUUUAUGUAUAUUUUUCAUAGACGAGAAAAAUUUUAAGUAGGUUCAUCGAGAGAAGCUCCUAGUAAAUGGUGGCAUUACGAUAUUGUUGCCAAAAUAAUAGGUGGUGAAGCUUUCCUUGACAAUGACCUUUUUUUCUCAAAGUCAAAAUUUUUCCAGUCAAGAUUUUCAAGAUGAUCAGGGAGAUAUCUGUGAACAAAAAAAGUAUUGGAAAAACGUAAAAAGCGUUUUGGCUGUACAUUGUUCAAGAAGGAAAACAUUAUUCGAUGAUGAAUCAAUCACCCACCUUUUUUCGUAUUUAAAGUUAGCUUCCUUUAAGUUGAAUCAACAAGGGGAUCUAACUGAAAGAAAAGUUUGGGUUAAGCCUAAAAAUUUAACGAGAUGGUUUAAAAAGAUUUUUACUCAAAUGGAGAAAAUUUUAAGAACAUUUUUGAGUAAAUCGCAACAUAUUAAAUUUCAUAGUUAAUGAAUUGCGUCCACAUUUAUGCAAAACUACA